AGAAGAAGAACUAUGCUAACCAGUUAGCCACCAGCAGCUAGCAGCUAGCUCCUAGCUCCAGCUGCUGGUUGUAAUGCUAACAAGUGAAGCCGAGGAGGACUGCUCUGGACAGGCGGCGUCCUGCAGGACUGUUACCAAGCAUUGGAGAAGGUAACUAGAUGGAGACAGCACAGUCUGAGUCUAAACACUGUGACACUAUAUAUUUAUAUAUAGGUAGUGUUUAUCCACGUGGUGUCUAAAAAACACGAGCUAGCUAACUUUAGCUAGCUAACUAGAGCUGAAGUAAAGCAGUUAGCUAACCUAGCUAGCAUUAGCAUUAGCUGCUUUAAUGCUGCCUUCAAGUGCUCCUUGUGAGCGUCGUCCAACAGACAACAACAGAUAAAGCUGGUGCUUCAUUAUGCGGCGGGGGGAGCGAGCUCCACAGGCUUUCGAGGCCCCGGUGGACGUCCACGCCAGUGCAGAUGGCCAGGUGUACAUGUUCAACAGGAGGCCCAAUGACUCUACUGUAUCCUCCGAUGAUGAGGAGCUCACUGUGAUGGAGAUGAGGCCGUGGGUUUUCCAGGACCAGGAGCAGGACAGUCUGAGGAACAUCCAGCUGCUGGAGCGGGAGGUGUUAGAUGGUGACAACCUCAACAAGCUUGCACUGCAAUACGGCUGCAAGGUGGCAGAUAUAAAGCGAGUGAACAACCUUAUGCAGGAACAAGAUUUAUUUGGUCUGAAAUCUAUCAAAAUACCGGUUCAGAAACACAGCUUUUUAACCGAGACGUACACAGACCCGAGUGACCCUCAAGAAGAAACGCCACAUUCAUCCACUACGCCGGCGAAGCCUCAGGACCGAGCCAGAGCCCAAUCACACCUGCAGGAGGUCACAGACUUUCUAAUGGAAGUGGACCACGAUAUUGAGAAACUGAUUCAGACCACGGACGAUCAAGAUGAGAAUUUGUUGGAUAACUCUGAGACACGGCAACGGUUUGGUUUGAGAGGACAGCCCCUUACCGGUCCCGGUGCAGACUGGGGCAUCCAGUGGUGGAACGCUGUAGUGGCCAUGCUCCUGAUAGGCAUCGUCCUGCCAUUGUUUUAUGUCAUUUAUUUCAAAACAAAAGACGAUGGAGUAGUUGAUGGUGGUGCUUUGCAGUCAUCCGCCGCCUCUUCAAACACCUCGGGGACGGGAGAAAAACCAGGAUAGUGCAGACUCAGAAAACCAGAAUAAUUUUUUAAGACUGUUGGGUUAGAUGGUCUCAGAAGUAGGUGACAAUCAAGAUAAAGACAAAUCUCUUUUACAUUUUAAAAGGUACUAUUGAUAACAUUCAGCCACUAGAUCCAUUGCAGUUACUUUACAACAAUUCGUUGCCAGGUUGAUUAAAAUAUUUAAUCGCGAUUAAUCGCAUGAUUGUCCAUAGUUAAUCGCAAAUUAAUCACACUUUUUUUCUGUUAAAAAUGAAACUGAAAGGGAGAUUUGUCAAGUAU